CUCGCCGCGCCUUCACGACACUACGAAAAUAUUGUGCAUUUUUGUUUAAAAAUGAUGUUUAGAUGGGCGUAAAUAACAGCCCCAAAAUACGCAGCGGUCGAUAAACGAUAAAAAUCGAUCUUCUGCGGGAAGGUCGUAAACUGUGUAUUGACGUCACACGUAGCAGACAUGCGUGCACGGGCCAUGUUGUGGUAGCCACAAAUCUCCGAAAAAAUCGGACUGCGAAUUUCGUUCUAUUCACCCAUAAAUGACCUGUUGCCGGCGGGCAAGGGACGUUUAUUGUAAAUUUGAUGGUGGUCAGGAGGAGACGAGAGAGUUUUCUGGGUCGCUAUGAAGACGCUGUCAUCCUAAAGGGAGAUGGGAAAUAAGCAGGCAGCCUUCACUGAAUCGCAGUUGGAGCAAUACCAGGACUGUACAUUUUUUACCAGAAAAGAGAUCCUCAGGAUAUUCAGGCGGUAUCGGGAUCUGGACUCUGACCACAUUCCCAAGAGCUACACUCGGGGUGAGGCAUCCCGGAUCAAGGUGCCCUUUGAGUACAUAGAGAAAAUGCCAGAGUUAAAGGAAAAUCCGUUUAGGAGACGGAUCUGUGAAGUUUUCUCAGAAGACGGGUCAGGAAACAUGACGUUUGAUGACUUCUUGGACAUGUUCUCUGUGUUCAGUGAACAAGCACCACAGGACAUCAAGGCUGUCUAUGCAUUCAAAAUAUAUGGUGAGACGGUACACCCAAUCAAGGUUAAUUGUUGUGUCUUUCAUCAGAUUUUAGAGGAGGCAGACCUUGAUGACGACAGCCAGCUGUCGUAUAUGGAGUUUGAACAUGUGAUAUCACGAGCACCUGACUUCCUCAACACUUUCCACAUCCGCAUAUGAAUUUCUCUGGAAUUGGACACAAGAAGUUGCCUUAAUUCUCCCUGAUGCCACCUAGCAACUCUUCUCAGCAGUGCAGUAUGGGGGUCCUCAGCAGCAGAGGCAAGAUCCUGCGGGCGCUUCACCCCAGGGUCAAACAGCUCCUGUUCGCUACUUAGGAGAGUUGUGUGCACACCAAACCACUGCGUGCACUACUAAGAGUAGCCCAGAGCCUUUGGCUUAUUACCAAGUGGUAAUAUUCCAGGAAAAUUCCAACAGAUGAAGAAAAGGAAGCCUAGGGUUCGUUAGCAGUCUUAGCCAUUUCUUACAAAUAGAUAUUCCUCUACUUUUUUGCUUCUAAUGUAAUUGCAUGGAGAUUGCAGUCAUGACAUGUAUGCCAAAAAGAUGACUUCUAGUCCGGACUGAAACACACACCAUACGAUAUACCUUUAGUAUGUGUGAGAUUAUUCCAACAGACGGCACCUGAAGGUAUCCAAACCCAUUUGACAUAACUAUGGUGCAGGGAUGUCCUUGGAAAGAUGAUCAUUGUGUAUCUUGUAUUCAUGAGAGAGCUUCUGAGAACAUGUAUGGCAUUAUCUGCUGUUGUAGUCAUGCGAUGUGCAUUUCAAUACAAGCAUUUCCUUAUUCAUGACCAGUUGUUUGGUUAGGACCAAAACUGUCACAAUUUUCCUCAUGCACUGUGAAUGUACCAGCAAAAUUGCUAUGCAGCUAGACUUCCCAUUAACAUCACAAGUGAAGUAACUACAUUUACUUCUUAUGAUUUAGGGAUACUUCUUAAUGUUACAUUUACAAUUGUGUUAAGCUUGGAGUGAAAAUCUUUCACUGUGUGGGUGGUUAACUUAAUAGGGCUUCUAAUAUUUUUGUUGAAAAAAGACUAAAAAAAGUUACAUUGUUGGUUGCAACCUUGUGAAUUGUACGUGUCAGAGGAAGUACUGUGCAUUUCUGUACAGUAUUUGUGUAAUGACAAGCUAUUCCUCAUUGCAGUGUACAGCAUUUGACUUUUAACUCCUGUAACACUGAUCUGUGGUGAGGCCUGGACAGUUGGGAAAUGUUGCUGACCACACGAAUGUGGGAUAUCACACUGUCAGAUGACGAAGUUGUAUAUAUUACCUUGUAAAGUUGAGGAAGGGGAGAUGUUCAGUUGAGGGGUACAUCUCGCCCUUGGUUUAAGUCAGUACGUCUGGUACAUAACUGUUAGUUUUCAUAUUUCACAAGUUCCAGGAGAACAAGUAGAUGUACAAUGAUUAAGAUGAGAUAUUCAGAUGUACAGGUCCUUUUGAAAAGUAGCUCUGAAUUGAACUAGGAUUAGCCUGAUCACACAGAUUUUCCUCUCUGUGAUAUGAAAAAAGAGGUUUUACCUGCAUCUUUUCCAACAUGCCAGUAGGUACAUUUGUUUGCCUUGUAAAACAUGUACUUGGUACUGCAGUAAAACAAGUUUUGUAUUCAAGGCAUAAGUGGUACAAACAUGGGAAAUAUGAUGAGUUAAUGUCAGAUACACAUUGUGUACCUUCUUUGCAGAGGCCAUUGAACCUUUGUAUCUCUAUUCAAAUGACCAUACCAAAUUGAUAAGUUUUGCCACUUCUGACCAUUGCAUACCUGUUUGCAGCUUUGUCGUGCUUUACAAUACUCAGGUUUGUGGUAACGACUGGAAUAAGAGCUAUUGUCUUUUUGUGGCUGAAGAGGCCAGUGCAAAUAUUGUAUAUACUGUUGAAAGGCUGUGUAAUGACUAUUGGUAAUGUAUUGAAGUUUUCAGCAGGUUUCAUCUUCUGGGUUAUGUGUUUCAAAUUUUAUGUCUGUUGUGUAGAACUUGUGUUUUUCAAUUUACUAUGUUCGUUGUUCUUAUUACCAGUAACCAAAGUGGCUUUCUGUGCAGAGGCAUAGCGAUAUAGAUAUCUACCAGUGAUUGUAUAUAAUGUCGAUGGAAGUGUAUUCUGUACCAAUGUCAUCACAUUGUACUAUGCAUGGCACCAGAUCUCCUGAUGCAGAUUUGUUCAGGACCUUUGCUGUUCAGUGCUUCACGGACAAACUGUUCUUUGCACAACUGGAGGCUAAUAUGCAGCAAAAUGCCCUUACUUCACAUUUUUUUCAUGUCUACUGUAUCAUUUUGGCAAAACCUAAAUCUUUGCUAGCUUGUCUAUACAUUUACAUAGAAAGUAUAGCAUCAAGGUUGAUUUUCCUAGUCUCUGAUCAAAACAAACUGCCAAACAUUACAACAUGACUUUGACGAGUUUGUGAGCUACAAAUCACAAAUAAGACAAGGGUUUU